AUGGCAGUGCUAUUGGUUCUGGCUUCUUGGUUUUUUGUAGGAUUAUCUGUCUGCUUUUACUUUGCCUUGAAAUGGAAUGAGAUAUGGUAUGCAAGGAAAGGGUUGCCACCAGGGACAAUGGGGUGGCCACUUUUUGGUGAGACCGCAGAAUUUCUAAAGCAUGGACCUGAUUUCAUGAAAAAACAGAGAGCAAGGUACGGAAAUUUAUUUAGGACACAUGUUUUGGCCUUCCCUACCGUUAUUUGCACGGAUCCAGAGCUCAACAGAUAUAUCCUUCUUAAUGAAACCAGAGGGUUAGUUCCUGGCUAUCCUCGGUCUUCGCAGGAUAUUCUAGGAAAAUACAACGUUGGUGUUGUGACUGGUUCUGCUCAUAAAUACCUAAGAGGGUCGCUACUUUCCCUUGUUAACCCUACCAUGAUCAAAGACCAUCUUUUGCUAAACAUCGAUGAGCCUGUUAGAUCCUUUCUUGCCAACUGGGAAGGCAAAACAAUUGAUCUCCAGGACAGAACCGUUGAGUUCGCAUUCGUCAUUGCCUUCAAGCUGAUCGUUGACAGUCAAUCGAGUGUGAUUUAUGACAAUUUCAAAUCAGAGUUUGAUAAGCUAGCAGCAGGGACAAUUUCACUGGCCAUCAACAUUCCAGGCACUGCAUAUCAUUCUGGAUUGCAGGGAAGAACAAGGGUUGUCAAAAUGUUGAGACAGUUCAUUAAAGAGAGAAGAGGUUCUUCAGUAGUCCACAGUGAUAUUCUUGGCCAAAUCAUGAGCUGUGAAAAUCAAAAAUACCAUUUGAGCGAUGAUGAGAUGAUCGAUCAAAUUAUAACAAUGUUGUACUCGGGUUAUGAAACUGUCUCAACUACUAUAAUGAUGGCCCUUAAGUAUGUCCAUGAUAACCCCAAAGCUCUCCAAGAACUAAGAGAAGAACAUUUAGCCAUUCGAGCAAGACGAAAGCCAGAGGAUCCAAUUGACUGGGAUGACUACAAGGGCAUGAGGUUUACUCGCGCUGUGAUUUUUGAAACCUCGAGGCUGGCUGCAGUUGUCAAUGGUCUACUGAGGAAGACAAAUCAGGAUAUCGAACUGAACGGGUUCCUUGUUCCAAAAGGAUGGAGAUUGUAUGUUUCCUUGAGAGAGAUCAACUUCGAUCCAAUCCUCUAUCCAGAGCCUUCAACCUUCAAUCCAUGGAGAUGGAUGGAUAAUGGCUUGGAGAAUCACAACUACUGCUUUAUUUUUGGAGGAGGAACCAGGCUAUGUCCUGGAAAGGAACUGGGCAUGGUUAAAAUCGCAACAUUCCUUCACUACUUCGUCACACAAUACAGAUGGGAGGAAUCCGAGGGAAUAGAGAUUGUGAAAUUUCCUAGGGUUGAAGCACGUAAUGGACUGCCCAUAAGGGUGUCAAAGUAUUGAAGGCCCGAAAAGAGGAAGAUAAAAAAGAACACAUAUUGCAGGUGACACAUUGAAUAAGCAAAGCAUGUGGUUUCAUCUUAACAUGCGUGAAGGUGAA